AUGCAUCCUCGUAAUUUUAGUUUUGAUAAAAUUAAGAGUAAGGUGAGCGGUGGUGGUAGAAGAUCGUCUGAAUCUUCUAUACUUGAGAUUGCUAGUGCCAAAUCAGCUGAUCGUCGAAACAGUAUAUCCAAUCCCAUGAUCAUUAUAUCAGAAUCCCUAGAGAAGAAGAAACAUUCAUCUUCUAAUAUGAAUAUCUCGAGUUCGACAUCAAAUUCUGGUGGUCGCUUUAGAGCUCAGUCUUUAUCACUUAAUAAUGGCAAUUCCAGGUCACGCUCAAGAAGUGUUAGUAAAAAACAAACUAAAGAGCUUAUAAAACAGGAAACUGCUCAAGUUAUCUCGAAAAAACUACUCCAUGUUCUACUGGAUUUGGGUUUACAGCAACCCAUUCCCCUUAAAACUACAAAUGGUAAUAUCAAUGGACCUAGUUCCAAAACUGCCAAAGUCUAUGUUGCUAAUACUAAUGAUUGUAUCUAUUUGGCUCCGGCUUCUUCUGCAAGUUUCACUUAUGAAGAUGUUGAAAAUGGAGGAAUUCCUCAAGGCAGAAGUAAUCAAGAUUUAAUGGAUAAUGAUGAUGACGACGACGAUGAUGAUGAUGAGUAUGACCAUGUGGCUGAAGAUGCCAACUCUUCCAACAUAUCCCAAAAUAAUCAUCCAAAUUUGAAAUCCAUUCCAAAAAGACUACGUCGUAAAAUGCAAUCUUUCAAUUCUCCAAACUAUUUAUGUACUAAAAUAGAUUCUGAUACUCCAAUUCCUCAUACUUUUGCUGUUAUCAUUGAAUUAGAUAAAGAAAUUUCAGUAAGAGAUGUCAACAUUGAAUUUCAAUCUUUGACAAAUAUCCUAUGGCCCUCAAGUGAUCCCUAUAAUAAAACUUUUGUCAAAGAAAAGUUUAAUAUUGGUCAUAUGGAAUGGAAAACUAGUUUAGAUGAUGCUGAUUUUUAUAUAAACAUUUCAAAUUCUAAUGAUGUCAAACUGAAAAAUAUCACUACAUUGGACUUAGCCAAGAGAACUAGAGAGUAUAAAUUAACAAAAGUUAAGGACUUGGCCGAUGGUAACUACCCAAGUAGUUUUUCUUCCAGAUCAUCAAUUCACCUAGAAAAGGAACCUUCGAAUCCAAUCCAAUCUCCAAGUACUAGUAAUACCACGAACUCAGCUGAUAUGAGUAAACCUGGUCUCUAUGUAUUCCUAUUACCAAUUUUAUUACCAGAACACAUUCCUCCAACAAUAUCUUCAAUUAAUGGUUCGUUAAUUCAUAACUUAUCAGUAAAUUUUAAUAAGACAAGUGUUAAAUUGAGUAGAAAAUCGAAAGUGUGUGCCUCUUAUAAUUUACCUAUGGUGAGAAUUCCUCCUUCUUUUGCAAACUCAAUUGCUGAUAAGCCGAUUUACGUAAAUCGUGUCUGGAAUGAUGCUUUACAUUAUAUAAUCACUUUCCCCAAGAAAUAUGUAUCAUUAGGCUCGGAGCAUCUGAUAAACGUUAAAUUGGUUCCUUUGGUUAAGGAUGUCAUUAUCAAAAGAAUCAAAUUCAAUGUAUUGGAAAGAAUUACUUAUGUGUGCAAAGAUCUAUCAAGAGAAUAUGAUUAUGAUGGUGAUGAUCCAUACUAUUUAAGACCUUUAACGGGUGAUAAUAAAACAAGGGAACGUGUAGUGCCUGUUUGUGAAUUGAAAACUAAAAAUAAAUCUACAAAUGGUAAUAAAACUGACCCUUAUAAAGAAGAAAUAAUUAAAUGCCCUGAUAAUAACUUACUAUUCUCAUGUUACGAACCUGAAAACGAUAAUGACUCUCCAAAAGACGAUGACCCAUUAAGUAAAACCAAAAAUGAUUUCAUGAUAGCUUCUCCUUUAGAUAUUAAUAUUGCUUUACCGUUUUUAACAACUAGAUCUGAUAAAACAAUCAUGACUUCAAGUCUCAACAACCAAGAUGAUGACAAUGAUAAUGCAUUUGUUAACCCUCUUAGCAGCUCCUCUUCAAGAAAGGCUUCAAUAAACCCAAAUAAUAGAGCAAGCAUUGCAAGCGCCGACGUCCCGCAUCAAAACUUUAAUCCUUCAUCCCCAGUGAUUGGUGCACUAGAAACAAGUAUCAGUCAUGGUAAUCCUGACAUUGGAAAAGCCCACAAACUUUCUUCUCAUACAGAUGAAGAAUUCAAGCCUGAUGUUUCUUCGUUAAUGGCUGAAGAAUCUCAUAACUUAUUAAAGGAGAAUAUCCAGCAAGGCUAUACUACAGUUUCUAAAGCAUUGAGUCCUGACUCGAAUUUCCGUCAUAUUCAAAUACAUCAUCGUUUACAAGUUUGUUUCCGGAUUUCGAAGCCUGAUCCAAAAGAUGACUACAAAAUGCAUCAUUAUGAAGUGGUUGUGGAUACUCCUUUGAUAUUACUAAGUGCUAAGUGUAAUGAUGAUUCAAUCCAAUUACCUAAAUAUGAUGAAAUAGAUUCACCACAGCCUCAAUUUAAUCAACAAAAUACAAAUAAUCAAGGUUCCAUUUCAUUUAGGACGCCUAAUUUUGAACAUAAUGGUGUCUCAAUAAAGCCUUUGGUACAAGAUGAAGGGGAGCAAUUACCUUCUUUUGAAGAAGCGAUUUCCGCCCCAUCAUCCCCAAUUACAAGAUCAAUAUCUUUAGGGGAUGAUCCUUUGAGCAGAAUCCCGUCUAUCAUUCCUAAAGAACCUGCUCCUGCUUACGAAUUGUCUUUGUCACCUUCAGCAAGUCCUAAAGAGUCCCAUGAACCUGUGAAUAUUGAUGAAUUAGUUCAUAAGAAUUGUGGAACAAAUGCUAGUAAUGCAAGACAAUCUCGUAUUAGAUCGUCAUUACUGAACUCUUUUGCCCCUACGAGUAGCAAC